UAUUCUGUUCAGUAAUUGCCAGUGAUAUAAUCGUACUAUUCACUCUGGGCCGUGGAAAUCCCUCCCCAGAGGCGCGAAUCGGGAAUAGAUCGUCUUGAGAACGGUAGUUUCGGUCGCGAUUGACCAGUGCGCAAGGUCGAAGACGGAACAUUUUAUGGUCCUUCGAGCCGGAUUCGAUCGAAGCGACGAACAAUAGUGCGGUGAAACAGUGGUGAUUGUUCUGUGCGGCGUGGUUUGGCCUUCGCCAUUGUACGAUCGCCCUUGAAAGGCGGUAUUGUUGCUGACCACUGCAUUGUUGCUUGGUGCUGCGGUGGCUGUGAGCACGUGGUUCGGCUGCGCAGCGCAUAUCAACGACAUCGAUCCACGCGCGGCUGUGCAGCGCUCCCCAUCGAGCAAACCAUCGCAUCGGACACUCAGCUAAGUACCUAGUUAUAAGAAGAUAGUCGAAAGUGGUGUUUAGAACGCCCGCUACUGUUGCAUGUGCUUGUAAAGCCAUCAAAUAAACGAUCGUUUUUAUUGCGUUUUAUUUGGUCUGGGGGGUUGAUUUGGUUCGCUGAGUUGAGCGCAUUUUUGUGCCCGUUGGCCUUUUGAUUGAUUUGUCUCAUAUAUUCUGUCACUCGGUGGGUUCUGUCAAGCGCGGAAACGUUCGAUAUCGCGGCGCGGUCGGUUACUUUGUGCAGUGCAAGUGUGAAAGUGAUUAAGAUGGGGAAUACUGACCUGAGAAAGCUGACGAAGAAGGAGCGCCAACUGCGGGACAUGGUGGAAUCCAUUGAGGAGUUCGUGAACCAGUUCCAGGAGGCACGUGAUCGAGGCUCAGUUCCAGCAAGACUGAAGAAGCUGGACGAGGUCUACGAUUCGUUCUGCGAUGUGCGUGCUGACAUUGAAAUACUCCUCGAAGAAUGCGACACCGACGAUGAAGAGAUGAAAGAGGUUCCAGCAGCGGUUCGCGAACAGGCCAUGGCGACCAGAGCCAAGCAACGUAGCGAACAAAGUUCCAAGAUCCUGAAGGCGUUCAUUCAACAAUACUUCCGACUUAAACAAGCAUUAGAAGCUUUCAUGCACGGCCCCGGCUCAAGCAGUCAACAGGUUCCGGCACCCACGAACAACCCACCGACGGCGGCUUCUCCUAUGCGUGUGAAGCUGCCCGAGCUGAAGAUUCCGACGUUUCGAGGAUCGCUCAUGGAAUGGGUCACUUUUAGGGACACCUUCAAAACCCUAAUUGUCGACAAUCCACACUUGACCGAUAUCGAUCGGUUCACAUACCUCCGAACUUCGUUGGCGGGAGAGGCGCUACAGCAGAUUGCGUCAAUUGACCUCACUGCGGACAACUACUCCAUAGCGUGGCGCUCACUGGAGUCACGUUACGAAAACAAGAAGCUCCUGGUGAAAUCCCACAUAGAUGCCCUGUUUGCAGUCAACUUGAUGAAGAAGGAGUCCUUCGAAGCGCUGAAUCACGUCAUCGGCGAGUUUGAGAAGCAUCUUCAGAUGCUGACGAAGCUCGGCGAAAAUACUCAAGAUUGGAGUACACUUCUGGCCCACAUGCUGGCCAGCAAACUCGAUCCCACAACGCAGCGGCUGUGGGAAACGGAACAUCGCUCAACAGAUGUUCCCAAUGAUGGGCAACAUUGGACGUACCAGUGCAAGCGGUUCAAGGAAAUGAGAGUCGACGAACGGAGGAAUGCUGUGAAGGUCAAAGAUUUGUGCUUCAACUGUCUCGGUCGCGGUCACACUUCAAAGGUUUGUUCGCGAGGUACAUGUCGUGUUUGUGGUCAACGGCAUCACUCAUUGCUGCACAUCAACAACACUAGUGAGCAACAAACACCGCAAUCGAACAAGCGCUCGCAACAGUCAACACAGAACCCACAAUCGAGUCAGACAAAUUCAAUCUCACAACACAGAAAGCCAACACAAUCCACUCCUCAGCAGUCCUCAAACCAAUCACCCAAAAACCCAAUUCCUAUCGCUAGUCCAAACAUGCUAACACCUCGCACACCAGACACUCCUAAUGUCGUACUUACCGCUCAAGAAGCCAAGGUGUCACGAUCGGCUCUACUAGCAACUGCGAUCGUGACCCUUGAAGACCCUUUUGGAAAUACCAUGCAAGCUAGAGCAUUGCUUGACAGUGGCUCUCAGCUGUGUUUCAUUUCUGAACGAGCAUCGCAGCGUUUGAAAUUCAAGCGCUCUCGUGAGGCACUUUCGAUUAGUGGUAUCGGUCAAGCCGCUAAAAGGUGCAAACAGUCUAUUUCCGCCCGUGUUCGAUCUCGUAUUUCGUCGUUCACUGGGGAAGAUGUAUUCUACGUUCUACCACAAGUUACGCUUAACCUUCCCAUCCGGAAGAUUGAUUCCACCAGUCUGCAACUUCCGGAGGACAUCGCACUCGCCGAUCCGCAUUUCACGGAGCCCGGUAGCGUGGAUGUGAUCAUCGGAGCAGGAUUGUUCUUCGACCUGCUUCUCAAGGAGAAAUUCAAGCUCGGAGAGGAUGGACCAGUCGUACAAAACACGAACCUUGGCUGGAUUGUAUGCGGAAAUCUCCCUACCGAGUCGGACGUGCUUAGGCCGCACGUUGCCGAUGUAUGCACUGAAAAACUGGACGAUCUGCUCACGCGAUUCUGGGAACUGGAGUCGUGCAAAACGAAUAGUGUACUGUCACUAGAGGAAUACGCCUGCGAAAAACUCUACGACCGCACAACGGUGCGGGAUGCAAGUGGGCGGUUCAUUGUUACACUUCCCAAGAAGGAUUACCUGAUUCGUCAACUUGGGGAUUCAAGAUCCACGGCGAUGCGCCGCUUCUUGUCGCUAGAACGCCGGCUAGACCAGAAUGUACAUCUCAAACAGAUGUACAGCGAGUUUAUUCACGAAUAUCUCCGCAUGGGCCACAUGGAGGAGGUUGUCGCGGAUGAAGAAGAUGCUGCACUGCCGCACACAACCACAAAGCUGCGGGUGGUGUUUGACGCAUCAUGUGCUACGUCGACCGGAGUCUCCCUCAAUAACGCGUUGAUGGUGGGGCCGACGGUUCAGGAUGAUAUCAUAACGAUCAUCCUUCGCUUCCGAUUUCAUCGGAUUGCCAUCGUAGCAGACGUCGAAAAAAUGUACCGUAUGGUACUACAACAGUGGACGGAUCGCAAACUGCAAAAGAUCUUCUGGCGAGAUAAUCGGAACGAGAACAUCCGAGUAUUCCAGUUGAACACCGUAACGUACGGGACGGCAUCAGCGCCGUAUUUGGCGACAAAAUGCCUCAAGCGACUCGCAGAACUGGAUGGACACAAAUACCCUGGAGCAGCAAGAAUUCUCAGCAAAGAUUUUUAUGUUGACGACAUGAUGACUGGAGUUGACAGUGUUGCAGAUGGAGUCAAGCUGUGCAGCGACAUGCAGCAGCUGCUGAAAGGCGGAGGAUUCAACCUGCGAAAGUGGAGCAGCAACUGUCCAGCUGUUCUGGAGGAAAUACCCGCGGAGCUCAAGGACGACCGCAGCUCGUUCGAGCUCGACGACUCAAGCGCUACCAUAAAAACUCUUGGGCUAAUAUGGGAGCUCAGGACAGAUGUAUUCCGCUUCAAGGUUCCGGAGUGGACAUCUUCGAUGAUCUGCAAACGUUCGGUCAUUUCUGACCUAGCCAGAAUUUUCGAUCCCAUCGGACUAAUCGGAGUCGUGACAGUAACUGCUAAAAUAUUCGUGCAGAUUCUCUGGAAACAGAAGGUUUCCUGGGAUGAACCUCUACAAGACGAGCUCCAAGACCAAUGGCUCGAGUUUCGCGCCAGUCUGUCGAGGCUCGAAAAUCUGCAAAUGCCGAGAUGGAUCGGUUUUCGGAAAGAUUGCCUCUCGGUAGAACUCCACGGAUUUUGUGAUGCUUCUAUGAAGGCCUAUGGAGCAUGCAUAUACGUCCGAUGUACGUACAUCGAUGGGACAAUCACAUCCAACUUGCCAGUAUCGAAAUCACGAGUCGCACCGCUUGCGCUUGCAGAGAUGGGAAAGAAGAGGAAACAGCUCACAAUUCCACGGUUAGAGUUGUCUUCCGCUGUACUUCUAGCUCACCUGUAUGAGAAAACUUCGGCAAGUAUUCCUGUGUCCACUCAGUCGUAUUUCCACACCGACUCUAUGAUUGUAAGAUACUGGCUGUCAUCAAACCCGUCGCGAUACCAAAUGUUCGUGGCGAACAGGAUCUCAGAGGUGCAGCAUCUGACGAAGAAUGGAACGUGGCGACAUGUUGCGGGCAGUGACAAUCCCGCGGAUGGCCUAUCGCGCGGUGUUUCGCCUGCAGAUCUACAGCAGAACUCGCUAUGGUGGGAAGGUCCGAGCUGGUUGCGACAAGAGAAGGACUGCUGGCCGGAAACACAAGAAAUAGUACUGGAGGAACUCGAUCGUUCGCACUUGGAGGAAGGUUCCGCAGUAGCUUCAGUAGCAGCUAUUUCUCCGCCUAGUGAAGUCUUCGGAUUACGUUCCACAUUGCACCGGUUAGAAAAACUGGUCGCUAUGUUGCUACGCUUCAAACACAACGCUCUGCUCGCACGUGGAUCGACGCCCAGGAGGUACGGCCCGGUUUCACAUGCAGAACGGGAGGACGCCCUACUGCACCUAGUGAAGCUAUCACAGAAGGAGUGCUUCGCUCAAGAAAUCGCCGAUCUCAAAAGAAAGGGAGAAGUCAAACCAACUUCUCGAAUCAACACUCUCCAUCCACGGCUGGUCGAAGGCGUACUCCGAGUUGGCGGCCGGCUGGAAAAUGCUCCAGUUUCGACGGACCGGAAGCAUCCUAUGUUGUUGGAUAAGAAUCAUCCGCUAACGUUCAUGAUAAUGCGUCGUUUCCACUUUGAACACCUUCACGCUGGACCACAACUGCUGGUAGCCAGUGUCCGUGAACGUUUCUGGCCACUCAGUGCGCGCAGUCUCGCUAGGACGAUUGUGCAUGGAUGCAUCACCUGCUUCCGGAAUAAGCCGACAAUCCAUGACCAGUUGAUGGCCGAUCUUCCUGCGGCACGGGUUACCCCAGCGCCACCAUUUCUUCGGGUGGGCGUUGACUAUUGUGGGCCCUUCUUGAUCAACUACCCUAAUAGAAAGCGAAUCAGCGUCAAGCACUACGCUGCAAUCUUUGUUUGCUUGGUAACUAAGGCGGUCCAUAUUGAGAUGGUUGCUGACCUUACCACCCAAGGUUUCCUGGCCGCACUGAAACGGUUCGUGGCCAGACGUGGAAAACCAGCCCUUAUUACGUGCGAUAACGGCUCCAACUUCGUUGGAGCAAGGCGGCAGUUGGACGAACUUGCCGCUCUGUUCAGAGGCCAACAAUCUCAGCAAGCAAUCACUGCUGGAGCUGCGGAUGUUGGGAUAGACUUCAAAUUCAUCCCUGCCAAAUCCCCAAACUUCGGCGGUUUGUGGGAGGCGGCAGUGAAAUCCAUGAAGCAACACCUGAAGAAGACGAUAGGACUGCGAACAGUUACUCCCGAAGAACUGAACACAGUUCUGACACAAAUCGAGGCGUGUCUGAACUCCAGACCGCUUACACAGAUCAGCAACGAUCCGAGUGACCUUGAUGUGUUGACUCCAGGCCACUUUCUCAUUCAACGUCCUUUGACGGCCGUGGCGGAACCGUGGCUGCAAGACGUUCCGGAAAACAGACUCUCCAGGUGGCAGAAAACUGAAGAUUUCGUUCAGCGUGUGUGGUCCAGAUGGUCCAUGCAGUACUUGUCCGAUCUGCACAACAGGACAAAGUGGACCCGUCAGAGGAACAACCUGUUCGUUGGCACCAUGGUGCUGAUCAAGGAGGAUAACCUUCCUCCUCUUAAAUGGCUUCUCGGAAGGGUGACGCAGAUCCAUCCAGGCGUAGAUGGAAACAUCAGGGUCGUUACUGUCCGGACUAAGGAUGGGAAUGUCGUACGUGCUAUCUCUAAGAUAUGCAUCCUGCCCAUCAGCGAUAACGACCAACGGCUGAGGAGAACUAGGUCUCCUCCAACGGAGGCGCAGGGGCGCCUGCGGGGGCCAACCGGCUCCCGCACACCAGUUAAGUGCGAACGCAUCGUCAUCGGCGCAGGAGCGCUCGCGGAGGCGCGCAAGCCUCCGCGACAGGGAAGUCGUUUUAAUCGUCUAUUCUGUCCACGUCGCUGCGCCGGCGCGCGUAGCCGUAGCCGUCCGAUGUCACCGAUCCAAUUCCACCCGUCCGGACCUGGCGAUCUCAAUGCGGCUGAUCUAAAGGUCGAUCAUGCGUUCUGUAGUCCGACAUCGUAG